AUGCGUUUCCUAAUAUUCAUUCUCAUAUUUUCGAGAAUUACAGAGACAUCGAAAAAAUUUCCGCUAAGGGCUUUUGUCGAUUCGUCGGACACUGAUAAUGCGACAGCGCACGCAAUCAUUGAGAUGCUCCGACUCGCCGAAAUGACAUUCAAUGGGCGCGGCGAUGUGGAUUUUGAUGUACUUUUGGGUACGAGAGAUCUUCCGCCGAUGGAGAGAGCAACUCUUAUGUGGAAUCUCAACCGAAUCGUUUGCGAUGAGAUGAAGCUCGGAUUUAUGCUAAUGUUAGCCGGAACAAAUUUCAAAAAUUAUGGAAUCUAUGAGGAUAUUUCAAACCAAAUGCAGAUGCCUUUGAUUGAUUGGGAAUCGUCAAAAGCCAAUGUCGCCGAUGGCACUUCCAUGAUAUUUUCUGUGCGACCUCCCAGCGAGGAAUUGCUCGUCGAUUAUAUUCGGUAUAAAGGUUGGCGGGAAUUUGUGUACAUUCACGAUGGACGGAAUGCGCAAAGAAUGUUGCGAUCAAUGUUCACAUAUUUGCACAAAACCUCGCCCGACUAUCAAUUAUUUGUUAGCAAUUUUCAAGCGCCAUCCGAUGAGGAAAUGUUCAGGGAAUUUCUCAACGAUUUCCACAGGAGGUUGUCGGCGCAGAAUGUUUCAAAUCUAAAUGAGAGUUCCGAAGAGAUUGAAGAUGAAGUAAAAGUUAAUGUGGUCAUCGAUUUGGAGGGAAGCUAUCGAACAAAGGCAUUUAUCAGGGCAUUAGAGGAAAGUAUAUUAGUGAAGAAGGAAUACCAUUAUGUGUUUGCGAAUUUUGAUGUUGAUGAGAGCGAUCUGAAUGGAUUUCACUUCUCGCUGAUUAACAUCACCAUUUUCACAAUAUUCGAUAAGAAUAAUAAAAAGCUUCAGCAAAAUCGCGAAGAUUUCCACGAAAUUUUCCGCGGCGGCUUUUCGAGCACCGAAAGUAUUCCAUCGGCGGCUGCAUUCGCGCAUGAUGCAAUCCUCGUUGCUGGAAACGCUAUUCAAAAAGCCAUCGAAAUGCACGGAAAAUCCAUUUUCGACAAGGCGUUCGUGCGGCACCAGUUGUUCAAUAAAGGAAGGAAAGGUUUGUUCUGUCGGCCUCAUGAGGAUCUCAGCGAGACCAAUCGGCCAUUCGAGACUUUCGAGCACGGGCACAAGUUGGCAAGAGUUAUAAAAAAGGUUGUGCUCACCGAAGACGACGGAAGUUUGACCGGACGAAUUCAGUUUGAUCCGAAGACGGGAAUGCGCACCAAUUUCACAGCGUCAAUUAUCGAAAUCAAACCGGGCGUUAAUUCUUUGAAUAGUAUUUGGGAGCGUUUUCUGUGGUCGCAAGGCGCCGGCUUCCAUAUGGGCGGCGAGGUGCCGAUUCGACACGAAGUCAAAAAGAAUCCCAACGUUCUGCGAAAAGGAAUUCUACCGUCAAAGCCAUGGAAGUUGCGAUUCAACGUGGUGACUGUAUUGGUCAAACCGUUCGUAAUGCUGAAGCGUCAGAAUCGCGGAGAUCCGGUUCUUCAUGGAAAUGAUCGAUUCGAAGGAUAUUGUGUCGAUUUGCUGAAAUUGUUGGCGCAAAAUAUCACCGGAUUUGAAUAUGAUAUAUUUGUAUCAGAGGGCAACAAAUAUGGUGCUCGACAAGCUGACGGAAGCUGGGACGGAAUGGUCGGAUAUUUGCUGAAUGAAACCGCUGACGUCGCUGUCGCACCGCUGACAAUCACACAGGAGCGAGAGAGAGCCGUCGAUUUCUCGAAACCAUUUAUGACGACUGGCAUUUCGAUAAUGAUCAAGAAGCCGGAGAAACAAGAGUUCAACAUUUUCUCGUUUAUGGAGCCACUCGGAAUGACAAUUUGGAUAUUCACAUUGUCGUCCUAUUUUGGUGUCUCGCUCACUAUUUUCAUUGUUUCUUGGUUUUCGCCGUAUGAGAAAAGGAUUGAGUUCAAACGCGGCGAGUUCACGAUCACCAACGAGUUCACACUGUACAAUUCGCUGUGGUUCACAUUGGCCGCGUUCAUGCAGCAAGGAACUGAUAUUCUUCCAAGAGCGAUUUCCGGACGAAUUGCAUCUUCUUGCUGGUGGUUCUUCACAUUGAUCAUCGUUUCGUCAUACACUGCCAAUCUUGCCGCGUUUCUAACUCUAGAACGAAUGACACCUCCGAUUGAAAGUGUCGAAGAUUUGGCGAAUCAGAACAAAAUAUUAUAUGGAGUGGUUGAAGGAGGAUCAACUGCUGCCUUCUUCGAGGACUCCAUAGUGCCGUUGUAUAAAAAGAUGUGGAACUUCAUGGUCACCACACAUCAAAGGCAAACUGAACUUAAAAAUAGCAAUAGCACUUCAUCGCCAGUGUUUGUUAGCUCAUAUGCAGAAGGAAUUGACAAAGUGCGAACAAGCAAAGGAAAGUACGCAUUUUUAUUGGAGGAAACCACCAACAACUAUGAGAGUGGGCGACGGCCAUGCGAUACAAUGAAAAUUGGGCAGAAUCUCAACACUUUAGGCUACGGAAUCGCUACCAAAAUUGGUAAUCCUUUAAGGGUAUCUUUAAAUCUCGCAAUCCUCUAUCUUCAAGAGAAGGGCGAGCUGAAAAAACUCGAAAAUCGUUGGUGGUUCGAUCGGGUUGCCGGUAUUUUCUAUAUUCUUCUCGGCGGAAUGGUCGUUUCAAUGAUAACCGCUCUCACCGAGUUUCUCAUCAGAAAAAGCAAAGAAAAUCGCGAGAAGGAAAAGAAUCGCCAACGACAAAGUCGCCAGAAAUCGGCGUUGGCGGCGACGAAGCGACGCGCGAAAAGCGAAGAGCCUGCCACAAAAUCGAGCUAUUCAACACUUUUCUAA